AUGCCCGUUAACACCUCUAUUAUAACGGGCUCAAUUGCCCUGGGACUUGUGGGUCUCGAUAGUAUCACUGCAAUUCAGAGUAUCACCGAUCGCAUCUCUCGCAAAUCUCAGUACGAUGAGGCUAGUUUAGCUAAAACCAUUUAUCGCGAUGAAGAUGGUGAGGCUACAGAGGAAUCACUGCGCGCUUUUUCAGAUAAAUGGCCUCGCGUGGCAAUUAUUUUAUUUUCUCUCAGUGGAUUGUCUGUUUCUUUGACACUGGCAGUUCUUUCAACUCUAAGCAAUGAUCUGGAUAACCCAGUGGUCAACUGGCUGCAAUUUGCCAUCUGGGUCGUACUUGCGGUGCAAUCAAUUGCAUUUUUCACGGAACCACGUCCAACAAGUCGAUUCCGACUAGGCCAGUUUGCAUUCGUAGGGAGUGUGCUCGCUCUUACAAUUCCGGGCUUCGGGAUUCUACAAGCAUAUACAUCCCAUGAUCCUGAUAGUCUGCUCUAUAAUGAGACUUGGCGUCGCCUGGUCGGUGGAAUAAUCGGAAGCGCAGUAUUGCGCGCAUUAUUCACCAUUAUUUUACCUCGUCGCCCAGAGGUCUUCCACGAUGGAACCGUAGUAGACAAGGAAUUCACGGUCACGGCCUUUGGUCGCUAUACUUUUGUAUGGGCCAGCGACUUGCUGAAUACCACUCUGUCGAGAAAUAACCUGGAGUUGACUGAUCUGCCGAAACUGAGAGCUGAAAAGCGCGUGGAUCGUCUUCGAGAGCGAUUUGAGAAUUCAAAAGGCAGUGGCAAGAUCUGGAAAGGGCUUUUCUUUGCGCACUGGCGCCCUCUUGGACUUCAACUGAUUCUGACAGCGGUGAUCGGUGCCUUGACCUUUGGUCCUCAGUUUGCACUAUUCAAUAUUCUCAAAUCUCUUGAAGGCCGAGAUCAGGAAGGAUGGACCCCUCUUCGAUCCUGGAUUUGGGUCAUUGCCUUGGGAACUUUCAUGUUGAUGUCUUCUCUUGUUGAGGCAUGGCUCUUCUGGUCUGUAUUCUCAAAAAUUGCGAUCCCCGUCAAUGCGGAACUGACAGCAGUCGUGUUCGCUAAAUCUAUGCGUCGAAAGGAUGCAAAGCACACCAAGAAGUCAAAGGAGACCACCAAUGACACCCACGCUUCCGCAAAGGCCCUACUGGCAGACAAGCCCAAAGAGGAGGAGGAAGAUGACGAAGAAGAUGGCAAGAAGAGCCGACAGAGUAUUAUCAACCUUGCUGCUGUCGAUGCUCGACGUAUCUCCGAUGUCACUUCUUUCCUUUACCAGAUUCCAUCUGCGAUCUUAAAAAUUGUCAUUGGGUGUGGUUUUUUGGUGAAGGUUCUGGGAUGGAAGAGCGCUUUCGCUGGUCUGGGUGUCUCUCUUUUGAUUGCGCCGAUGAAUAUCUCUCUCACCAAACGAUACACGAGUGCCCAGGACAAGCUCAUGAAGCUUCGAGAUCAGAAAAUGGCUAUUGUGACAGAGGUACUUCAGGGUAUUCGUCAAGUCAAGUUCUCUGCCUUAGAGGAACAGUGGCAGAAAAAGAUCAGACAGGUUCGAGAGAACGAACUUGGUGCACUAUGGUCCUCCUUCUACUACGAUGUCUUCUUAAUGGCGAUCUGGAUUCUCGGCCCAAUUGCCUUUUCCUCCGUUUCAUUGACUGUUUAUGCCGUUCUCAAUGGCGGGUUAUCCGCUUCGGUUGCUUUCACAGCUAUCUCGGUCUUUGGUUCCUUGGAAAUGGCGCUCGCUAUCCUGCCCGAGCUUAUUACAAGCUUGCUGGAGGCUAUAGUCAGUGCUGAUCGUAUUGAUGAAUACAUGAAUGCUUCUGAAAAGAUUGUCAAUACUGUCCCAGGCGAGACCAUUUCCUAUGAGGAUGCCUCUGUGGCAUGGCCCGCCGAACACCAUCCCGAAGAGCAGAAGGAAGACGAAGAUCGAUUCCAAUUGCGCGAUCUGAAUUUUAAUCUCCCGAAGAAGGGUCUCAGCGUGAUCUCAGGUCGCACAGGCUCUGGAAAGAGUUUGCUUCUUGCUUCCAUCCUGGGCGAAUGUGAUGUCUUAAGUGGUACCGUGAAGGUGCCUGUUCCGCCUGUUCUUGAAGAUCGCUUUGAUCACUUGGCAACAAGCGCCAAUUGGAUCAUCGAUGAUGCCAUCGCAUAUGUCGCCCAGAUUCCGUGGAUUGAAAAUGCAACUAUCAAAGCAAACAUCUUGUUUGGUCUGCCCUUCAACGAGUCCCGUUACCGCAAAGUGCUCUUCGCCUGCGCCCUGGAGAAGGAUCUGGAAAUGCUUCCCGAUGGUGAACUAACGGAUAUCGGUGCAAACGGUGUGAAUCUGAGUGGAGGUCAACGCUGGCGUGUAUCAUUUGGACGUGCCUUAUACUCCCGGGCUGGAACUCUUGUCAUGGAUGAUAUAUUCAGUGCAUUGGACGCCCAAACCGGACGACAUGUAUACGAGAAUGCCCUGACUGGUGAGCUUGGACAGGGACGUACACGUGUCCUUGUCACUCAUCACGUCUCCCUGUGUCUACCCCGAACCGAUUACUCUGUGUUGUUGGAGAAUGGCUGUGUGAAAUAUGCCGGUACCAUUGAAGAGCUUCGGAAGUCUAACCAUCUGGAGGACAUCCUUCAGGAGGAGCAUGAAGCGGAAGAAGCGCUCCAGAAGGCUGCGGAUGAUAAACAAACCGCUCUUGAUACUGAAGGUGGAACAUUGCAGAAAGUCAUUUCAAACACUUCGCACCGACGCCCCAGCAACGCAGCCAAUACUGAUGCCAAUGCACCACCAAAGGAUGCUCCCAAGAAGUUUAUCAAAGAUGAAGAGAGAGAAAGAGGUGCUGUCCGCUUGCAUGUCUACAAGACUUACUUCGGCAUGGGUGGAGGUGUCUUUGCAUGGGGUGUCACCUUUUCUAUCUAUAUCCUCUAUGCCACGCUUAUGGUGGGACGGUCCUGGUGGAUUAGUGUUUGGACAUCCGUAUCAUCCAGUGUUUCAGUUAACCCGCAGGCAUUGCAUGCCCUCUUCCAGCAACCUAUGUCGACUACAACUUCUGAGACUCACGUCAACGAGCUUUUCUUCUAUUUGGGAAUCUACAUUGGAAUCUCCGUUCUGGCUUGCAUCAUUGGAACUAGUCGAUACUAUUUCAUCUUAUCAUCAAGCAUUCGUGCAUCAAGGAACCUCUUCAAUGCCUUGGUAUUCGCCGUGCUACGCGCACCAUUGCGCUGGCUAGAUACUGUUCCAAUGGGUCGAAUUCUCAAUCGUUUUACAGCGGACUUCCACGCGAUUGAUUCCCGAUUGGGAUACGAGAUGGGUUUCCUACUUGGUGAGAUCCUAGAAGUCUUUGGUAUCAUCUUUGCAGGAAUCCUGGUUUCUCCAAUUGUUAUUCUUCUCGCCAUCGCUCUUCUUGCAAUUUGCCUGAGACUCUCUUCAACAUAUCUUGCUGGUGCCCGUCAAGCCAAGCGCCUUGAAAGUAUCGCCAAGAGUCCGGUCUUUGAACAAUUUGGUUCCAGUCUUGCUGGUUUGACUACUAUUCGAGCCUUUGGCAAGGCCAACGCUUUUAUUGAGAUUAUGUAUGGCAAAAUCAAUGGUCAUGCCCAAUCCUGGUGGACCGUAUGGUUAUUUAAUCGCUGGUUGGGUAUUCGCAUGAACCUUGUUGGUGCCAUCUUCUCGACAGUCACUGCCGCCGUCGUGGUUUCACUUACUGGUAUCUCAGCCUCCAUGGCUGGAUUCGCUCUGAGUUUCGCAUUGCAGUGCAACGCUGCUAUUGCGUUUUCCAUUCGUAUGUACGCGAAUAUUGAACUUAACAUGAACGCCACUGAGCGUGUCAUUGAGUACUCAGAGAUCACGCUGGAGAACCAGGGAGGUGUAGACGCACCGGCUGCUUGGCCAACGGAGGGUCGUCUUGAGGUUGACGAUCUGGUUGUGAGCUACGCACCUGAUCUGCCGCCCGUACUCAAGGGACUGAGCUUCACCGUUGAGAAGAACCAGCGGGUCGGUGUGGUUGGUCGUACAGGCGCUGGCAAAUCAUCGCUAACGUUGGCACUAUUCCGUUUCCUUGAAGCGCAGCAGGGUAAGAUCCUUAUCGAUGGUCUGGAUGUGUCCACGAUUAAGCUACAUGAUCUGCGUAGCCGUCUGGCUAUCAUUCCACAAGAUCCAGUUCUUUUCUCAGGCACUAUCCGAAGUAACUUGGAUCCCUUUGAUGAGUACUCCGAUACUGAGCUGAACGAUGCCUUGGCUCGUGUGCAUCUGAUCGCCUCGUCUGAUGAUGAGGCAACUCUUACCUCUCAAACUGCGACUCCACACCCAUCAGGAAGCACUGGAGCAACCACGCCAGAAACUGCUACUAGUACCGUCCAAGGCAGCAACUCGAAUAUAUUCUCCUCGUUGGCAUCGCCCAUCUCUGAGGGUGGCCUCAACCUUUCACAGGGUCAGCGACAGCUGCUAUGUCUUGCGCGUGCUAUUGUGGCCCGUCCUAAGAUCAUGGUCCUGGACGAAGCUACUUCAGCUGUAGACAUGGAGACCGAUGCCCUGAUCCAGCAGUCUAUUCGAGCCGAAUUUGGCCGCAAUGCAACCACCCUGUUGGUCAUUGCGCACCGUCUCAGCACCAUUGCAGACUUCGACCGUAUCUUGGUGCUGGACGCUGGUAAGGCCGUUGAAUUCGGUAAGCCAAGGGACCUGAUGGAUAUUGAGAACGGUGUCUUUAAGAAUUUGGUGGACAACAGCGGAGAGAAAGCUGUUUUGGAGAAGAUGAUCUUUGGUUGA